CUGAUAGAAUACAAUGAAAAAAAAAACCAUGCUUAUCUCUUAUGCUCUUUUGAGAAUGGAAAGCAGCACGUGGACCAACUGCAACAGGAAAUCCUGAAUCUGAGGAAAGAACUGAUUAGGCAAAGUCACAGCGUGGAAAUCGAGAAUGUCAGAACUGAGCUCAACAAGGUACUGCAUUCUCGGGACGAAUGGCAUGAAGCAAGCACUCGAUUCCAUCGCUAUUUUAAAUGUGCAAAAGCGAGAUUGAUGGUCGCAGAAAGUGAACUUCGCCGCCGAGGAUUGUUGAAGGGAAACGUGAAAACAGCUCUAACGUCAGCUUGGACGUCAACUGAGUACAAUAUUCAAGAUAUUCAAGGGAAUCUUUGCGAUCUUCUCAGGGAUGCCUCAACGACUCUAGAGGAGCUGGACAAGGAUAUGAACGAUGAACGAGAUGACGUAAGGGAAUAUAUGAAGAGCCUCACACAGAAGAGUGCCUCAUCGAAUGGUGACGAAGAUGACGAUUCGAGUACAAAUGAUACAGCAAUGAUCUUUGAAGUUAUCAAUCCAAGUGUCAAAGUUUUGGAGCUGAAAGAAGAAGUUGACACCUUGAAAAGGCAGCUGUCAAACGCUGAGAAAGAAAUACAACGUCUGAAUGAAUCGGAGAAAGUACUUAAACAAAAAUGUGGAUGUUACAUUUUGAAUAGACAUUUAGAUUUCUACUUUCAGGGUAAUUGCAUGAACCGGCUUUUCGAGGGCAUCGUGCUUCAGACAGUGAUGAUGAAGACUUCGUGGUUUGUGACAAACUUCGGGAAUGAAUCCGACAGUGACUCCGGACCCUGA